AUGGAAAAUCUGCACCCGAGACCGUCGCUGAUUUUGUACGACCCCCUGCUGCUGCCCAAGGGCCUCGUUGUUGCCCAGCAGUUGCAGAUACCAUCAGUUAGCCUGCUGACUUUCACCGGCCCUGGUGUGGUGAGCUCUCAAGCAUCUUUAGAGAUGAAUCCAGUGGUCCAAAGAUCAGCGCAAGAAAUCAAGCAGGUGUACGGCAUCGACAUCUUUGCGCAUGGCACCAUCGGCGAGUUCUAUUCGAUGGACAGAAACACGGUCGCGACGGUCGAGCGCUUGUUUGCGCCUCCCUCCUCAAGCUUCCAAAAGGAGCGACUCGCGAAGGUGCCCUUUCGAUGUGUCGGGCCCAUGAUCGCCUCGGAGGAAUCGAGGAUUUCACAUGCCUGGGCUUCGGCAGAGCAGCUGGACAAGAAGCUGCCCUGGAAGACCAUCGAUGAGGCCAGGCAGCGGUCGAAAAAAGUCAUCUACGUUUCAAUGGGGAGCGUGGCAACCUCGUCAUUCUGGGCACGGAAGUUUGGCCCCACGGCCGAAAGCAAUGGCUUGCAGGCUUUCAGUGGCAAGGAGUUUGUCCAGUUCGUCCUCAAGGUGGCAUUCGAGGCCUUCGGGCAGGAAGAGGAUAUCUUAGUUGUCGCAGCCGUUGGACCCCAGGUCGAUGCGCUCGAGGGUCUCCCUCCCGCUCCUGAGAACUUCAUUCUCCAAGAAGUUGUACCGCAGCUGCAGGUGCUUCAAAAGUGCGAUGUCUUCAUUACACAUGGGGGAGCCAACAGCCUCCACGAGGCGAUUGCUUUGGCCGUGCCGUUAGUGAUCGUGCCAAUGUUCCACGACCAGCCUUUCAAUGCCGAUGCUUUGGUGGACACUGGUGCGGCCGCGUCCUUCAAAUUCCCCAGUGAAACUUUGUCGCCAACAGCUCUCCGGUCGGCUGUUCGGCAGAUGCUUGAGCCUGAGAACUCCUUCCGGCUUGCAGCUGGGGAGCUGAGCCAUCAGAUGGCUCGGAGUGGUGGGGUCGCAAGAGCAGUGGACUUCAUCUUGUUUGGAGAUGCGCCCUGA